GUAGAACAAUACGAAACCAAACAAAACAAAAAAAAAAAAAAAAAAAAAACGAUGUUUUCUUCCAAAAUGUCUGCUCUGAUCACGGUGGUAGUCACGGUGGCUAUUAUGGCGGCGACGGUGGCAGAAGCUCAAACGCCGUCGUGUGCUGCGAAAUUAGUCCCAUGUGCACCUUACCUUAAUUCCACCAAACCGCCGGCAGAAUGUUGUGAUCCGCUGAAAGAAGCCAUAACUAAUGAACUCGAUUGUCUGUGUAAAUUGUACGAAAAUCCUACGGUGUUGCCUUCAUUUGGUAUUAAUAUUACUCAAGCACUUGCACUUCCUAAAGCAUGUAAUAUUCCUGGUGAUCUCAGUUCUUGCAAUGGUAACGCUGCUCCAGGUCCUGGUUCUGAAACCUUGCCACCACCAGCAACACCAGGUGGGAAAAAUGAUAACAAUGGAGUAAACAAGAUUGCAUGGACUGGAACCUCAAGUUUACUUGUUCUUUUUGCUUCUUUAGUGCUUGCUUAGAAUCACUUGUUAUGUUCAAUUUUUAGGGAAAUAUGAUGAUUUAUUCCCUUAGUCCUUACCUAAUGUACUAGUGAGAAAAUUUGGCUGAUUCCAAGCCAGAGGCUGUAUUGUUGUUUGUUUCACUCAUCGUUUAUACUAUGUGUAGUGUUACCUUCUUGGUGUAUGGAUUUGGUAGUUUUGAAUAUAUAGUAUUUGCUUGCAAGCUGAA